CUCUUCUCUCACAACUUAAAACCUCCCUCUAGUACCUAAACACCAGUUUCCUUCUUUCCUUCUGAUCAUUUCUCAACUCAUAAGCUGAUAAUGGGUCUCUUCACUUAUGAAACCGAGUUCACCUCCGUCAUCCCACCACCAAGAUUGUUCAAGGCUUUUAUCCUUGAUGCCGACAAUCUCAUCCCCAAGAUUGCUCCCCAAGCAGUCAAGUGUGCUGAAAUCAUCGAAGGAGAUGGCGGCGUAGGAACCAUCAAGAAGAUCACCUUUGGUGAAGGCAGCCAGUUUGGCUCUGUGACACACAAAAUCGAUGGGAUUGACAAAGAGAACUUUGUGUACAGCUACAGUUUGGUCGAAGGAGAUGCCUUGUCCGACAAGAUUGAGAAGAUCUCUUACGAGACCAAGUUGGUGGCAUCUUCUGAUGGAGGAUCCAUCAUCAAGAGCACUAGCAACUACCACACCAAAGGUGAUGUGGAGAUCAAAGAGGAGCAUGUUAAGGCUGGUAAAGAAAAGGCAUCUCACCUCUUCAAGCUUGUUGAAGGCUACCUCUUGGCCAAUCCUAACGAAUACUGCUAAAGUUCUCAUCAAUUUGUCUUUCAUUUCUUCAACUGAUGUUCCAGUUGUAUUUUUGAAUUAUUGAAUGUUGUAAUACUUUGAAUGAAAUAAAAAGCUAAACUAGCACUUUGCAAAUUCA